UAACUUCAGAACACAUCUGAAGUCCUCUGCCAUAUGUUUAGGAGGCAAAACCUGAGAAAAGCUUGUGGCCAGAAUCAGACCACUAUUUGUCCCCUCCUUGGUACCAGUUUUACCACCAAUUAUUUUUUCACAGCCAGCUUUUGAGAACUUUGAGUAUAAUUUGAUAUCUGAAAAUUUACACACGCGUCGGUGAUCCUCAAGCUUUUCGGAGAAUCACAUUCUUCUUUCCAUCUGGAAAAAAAAAAAAGCAUCAGCUUCUGGAAUCAUCCCACUGAGACCUACUUGAAAGAGAUUCUCCUGUUCCACUUCCAAGCAUGGGUGUGAAGAACUUCGAAGCUUGGGAUUAUGUGGUGUUUGCAGGCCUCUUCGUCAUUUCCUGUGGAAUUGGUGUGUUCUUUGCCAUAAAGGAGAGAAAAAAAGCAACAUCUCGGGAAUUCUUAGUAGGAGGAAGGCAAAUGAGCUUUGGUCCUGUAGCUUUGUCUCUGACAGCCAGCUUCAUGUCAGCUGUCACUGUUCUGGGGUCUCCUGCUGAAGUCUACCGCUUUGGGGCAUCCUUCUUCCUUUUUCUCAUUUCUUAUGCAUUUGUGGUCCUUUUCACAUCUGAACUCUUUCUUCCUGUGUUCUACAGAUCUGGCAUCACAAGCACCUAUGAGUAUCUACAGCUACGGUUCAACAAACCAGUUCGCUAUGCAGCAACUGUCAUCUACAUUGUGCAGACGAUUCUCUACACAGGAGUUGUGGUCUACGCCCCUGCUCUGGCUCUCAAUCAAGUGACUGGCUUUAAUCUCUGGGGCUCUGUAUUUGCAACAGGCAUCGUCUGCACAUUCUACUGUAGCUUGGGAGGUUUAAAAGCAGUGGUGUGGACAGAUGCAUUUCAGAUGGUUGUCAUGAUUGUGGGCUUUUUAUCAGUUCUCAUUCAAGGAUCAAAUCAGGCUGGUGGAUUCGACAAUGUAUUAGAACAAGCAACGAAUGGAUCUCGGCUACAUGUAUUUGACUUUGAUCCAGAUCCUCUUAGACGGCACACGUUUUGGACAAUUACAGUAGGUGGAACUUUCACUUGGCUUGGAAUCUAUGGCGUUAACCAAUCAACCAUCCAGAGAUGCAUCUCUUGCAAAACAGAAAAACAUGCUAAGCUUGCCUUGUACUUUAACUUGUUGGGUCUCUGGAUUAUUGGGGUGUGUGCCAUCCUCUCUGGCUUGAUCAUGUACUCCUACUUCAAAGACUGUGACCCUUGGACUUCUGGUGCUGUCUCAGCACCGGACCAGCUGAUGCCAUAUUUUGUCAUGGAGAUUUUUGCCACUAUGCCAGGGCUACCAGGACUCUUUGUGGCUUGUGCCUUUAGUGGAACUCUGAGCACAGUGGCUGCCAGCAUCAAUGCUUUAGCAACAGUGACCUUUGAGGAUUUUGUCAAGAGCUGUUUUCCACACAUCUCCGACAAGCUGAGUACCUGGAUCAGUAAAGGCUUAUGUCUCUUUUUUGGCAUAGUCUGUACCUCCAUGGCUGUGGUUGCGUCCUUCAUGGGGAGUGUUAUACAGGCUGCCCUCAGCAUCCUUGGCAUGUGUGGGGGUCCGAUGCUAGGUUUAUUCACUUUGGGGCUCGUGUUUCCUUUUGUGAACUGGAAGGGUGCACUAGGAGGCCUCCUCACUGGAAUCACAUUGUCAUUUUGGGUGGCCAUUGGAGCUUUCAUUUACCCUGCACCACCCUCCAAGACAUUACCUUUGCCUCUAUCAACAGACAAGUGCAUCCAAUCAAAUAUAACAGCAACAACAACAGGAGCCCCACAGCUUUCCAGCAGACCUUUCCUAGCUGACACCUGGUAUUCACUCUCCUACCUUUACUACAGCACUGUGGGCUGCCUGACGUGCAUAGCCGCUGGGAUAAUCAUCAGCUUCCUUACAGGCAAGCAAAGAGCCAAAGAUAUUGACCCUCUUUUAAUAAGACCAGUUUGCAAUUUAUUUUGCUUUUGGUCUAAGAAAUACAAAACUCUGUGUUGGUGUGGAGUUCAGCACGACCGGGAAGCUGAACAGGAUCACCUUGACAGUGGCAGUGCCUGGAAACAAGGGGUCGAAUCUGCUCUACAGAAUGGACUGAAGCAAGAAAGCCUGGCUCAGAUUCCAGGCUACAACCCCAAGGACAAAAGCUACAGCAACAGCAUGCAGGAGAAGACUACUCAUUUCUAGGAUAAUCCGUGCAACUGACAAUAUACUCACCUAUACACACACAUGUACUUUGUGUCACUUCUUGUUGUAGCCAUGUGUACAAAUUCUUGUCAGAAAAGAAGGAUGUCCAAUACCUAUUUAUACUUAUUUAUCGAAUGUGACUGUUUCUCUGGAUAUUUUUUUUUGGAGGGGGAAGCCCAAAAUGCAAGUGAGAAAAAUCAGUUGAGGCUUUAAGGGAUUGAUGCUACAUGCCUAAAGACUGAACAGGACUGAGUUUUAUAAUUCUGAAAGGAGUCAAAGUCUCUUGGAUUCUUUUCAGAUUAAACCUCCCGGUUUGUUGUUUGUAGGAUUUUUUUUUUCCUGUGCUGAGAAUUAAGCACAAGACCUUGCUCCUACAAAAUACCUGUCUGACCACUGACCCUAGUUAACAUUUUAAAGUUUUAACCAUCAAAAUAUCAUGACAAGGUAAAGAUUAAACAUAGAGGAAAAUCUACAUAUUCAAUGUUACUCUGACAAGGCCGAUAAAACAGGAAUGGCAUCAUCUCCAACCUCAUGUCUUGCAUAUAUAUAGACAUAUCCAUGCCUUCCUUUGUGGGCCACAGCUACAGUACUUAACUUCUAUCAGUAUCCACAAACUGCCUUCUUUGUGUGUUCCUUUAGCCAUUCCUGCUGGUAGAGCUAGUCUGACCCAAAGAAGGAUAACCUUACUAAGGACAUGAGAAGAGAAAUCAGUCUUCACAGUGGGAACAAUCACAUAUAAACACAUUAUUCACUUUGUGCUAUUGAGGCAAUGUUUCUUCUUGAUUUCUGUUACUUUAAAAUGAUAAAUGUGGAGCUGGAAAGAUGGCUCAGCGGUUAGGAGAACUUCUUGCUCUUCCAGAGGACCUGUGUUCGGUUCCCAGCACCAAGUUGAGUAGCUUUCAGCUGCCUAUAAGCCUAGAUCUUCAGGGAAUCUGAUGUCUUUUUGUGACCUCCAUUGACAUUCACAUUCAUGUGCGUACACACACAUAUACACACACACACACACACACACACACACACAUACACACACUAAAUAACUAAAACAUUUGAGGUGAAAAAAAAAAUCUGUGAUUAUCCGGAAGUCAAGACUAUAAUCGACAAUGCUAAAUAAAGGAAAAAUCAUACCUUACAUAAAAGCUGUGAAGUCAGCCAGCAUAUCUUCAAUGAACCAUGUAAACAGUACGCUAUUUAUAUCAGAGGUCAUUAGCCAUAGAAUCUUUUCCAUUAUCCACAGAACUCAUCCAAGUCACAUGUGCAAGUUUAUGGAACUCCAUCAGAAAUAAAUAAUAAAGUAAGCACUAUCUUAUUUUAAGUCUGCAGCAUAACUUCAAAGUUCUAGAGCAGAGGGUUCCCUUUUACUCAAACUGAACAAAUAUGCCUUUAUAUAGAGAACAGAAGCACAUACAAAAAAACUAAACAUGUAACACAGGGAUUGGAACUUUAGUAGUUGUGUGGUGAAGUGGAAGAUCAUAGUUAAUAGCCUAAGCGAUUCUAGCAUUCUUUCCUUCCCACCUUUACUCUUGAAAUGGCAUCUCAGAAUGGUGUUACGGGGCCACAUUAAGGAGAAGUGGGUUAAAUGUGGGGCUGUUUUGCCAGAGAAUGUCCAGAAAUUUCUCCAUACAUUAUGCUGUGAGUGGUGAGUUUUUAGAAGUGGAAAGUGUGUUGAACUCAAUACUAGACUUUGUGCCUCUUAUGCAUAAUCGCAGACACUGGUGAGGAUAAGCAUGUCUAUUGCACUAAACUCAUUUAGAUGGUUGUCGUGCUUUUUGUCAUGAUUUAUAGUAAAGAAUAUAGUUUGUUGAGUGACACAAGGUAUCUGAAUCAAAUGACUUAGACUCAAACAUGAGUUCUGACCAAAUUAUCCUGGUCGUAUGUGGAAAAGACUUUUUAAAGUAUUAGUUUAUUUUCCAAUUAAAAGAAAUGGAAAACUAUUUUUACUUAAGAGAAUUAUUGUGGUGACUUAACACAGUAACUAGCCCACUGUCACUGUGUAGUGUAUGAAGAAAAUGGUGUUCAUUUUAACUGAAAUUAUUUCGUUGUUUCUCUUUGAUGACAUUGAACGCACGUGCAUUACUAGCAUACUGUGCAAAAAUAAAACAAAUGAGCUACGCAUGAUUACAAGUCAGAACUAGUGUUCUGAGUUCCUAAACACUGUAUUUUAUAUUAAAGUAUCUAUAAAACAUUAUUAAAACUUCCUACAUUCCUAAAAAUGAGAAGAGUCUUAUCAUUAAGGUCUACAAGUUCAUUACUUAAAACAAUGUACUCUAUUUUGGUUUAUUAAGCCACACAUUUGUAAAUUCCAGCCUUAAGCAGAUAUGUUGAAUGAUGUUAAUAACACAGCACACAGAAGCAAGGCCGAAUCUUGAAACAACAAGAAGGGAAUGAGAUUUGAUUUACUUUUAUUCAAACUGUUUUCUGAGUAAUUUUAGUAUUUUGUGACUUUAUAGGGGUAACACAGUUUCAACAGGAAUAGAAGAGCUCAAGAAGCUGUGACACUUUCACAAAGUAUUUAAAAGCAAGUAUUACUGAAAUGUUUUGAUGGCAUUACAAUCUUUUCAGAAUAUUGGAAAGCACACAUGUAAGACAAAAUGUGAGGUUUUUUUCACCUGUUUGGUUGAAGGUCAAUUAUUUUUCAAAAUACUUUAGAUAAUUUUCAGAAUUUUUUUACUGUGUCCAUUUGAAGAUUUACAGAUUCCAUAUGCUAAAUAUUAUAAAGUAAAUUUAAAAAGGAUUUAACUACCUUGCCCAAUAUUAGAAGCUUUAUAACCGGAUUCCAUUCUGAACAACUGUAAUUUAUUGAGUAUCACCAUGGGAGCCAUUUGAAAUACUAAAGCCUUAACGUAUGGUUGAUAGAAAAAAUACUAUUUCUAGCUCUUGGAAAGAUUGAAUGCUAUAAUUUCAAACUCUCAAGCAAAUCAAUAAAGAUUUUCAAAUGUGAAUAACAAA